UUGGUACCCGCUUGGGCUUUGCACUGCGUUGCAUUGCCUUGCCAUCCCUUUCACCCUACCUUGUCCUCCCUCGCCCAUCCCGCAGUCCUUCCUCUCUCCCUUCCCACCCGUGGACACGCCUCUCCCUCUACUCAUCAUGGCUCCUUCUCCCUUCUACCGCUCCACCUUUGGCCCCUCGACUGCUCUGCCGCCCUCUUCUCUCGCAUCCCAAAAGGAAAUCGACCGAUUCCUCACUUCGCCCGAUGUCGCUGGUGGCUUCUUCCAGGUGGAAGAGAAGACGAUCAAGGGAAGAAAGAUGAAGGUGUGGAGUGGAAUGCCCUGGCCUACUUACCGGGCUUAUUGGAUCGAGAGGUCAAAAACCUUUGCCUCAUUGCCCUGCCUCACCUACACCAAUGGCCCACAGCACACCUAUACCCUCACCUAUUCGCAAGCCUUUGACCUCUCCGCUCUCCUGGCCCACUCCCUCUGCACUCGCUUCGGUAUAAAAAAGGGAGACCGCGUAGGAAUUGCCAUGAGGAACACAAUCGAGCACACCAUCUCCUGGUGGUCUGUUCACCUAUGCGGGGGUGUAGCUGUAUCCCUCAACGCCUUUGCCGACGAGGAUACGUUGCGCUUUUGCACAAACGACGUGGGAUGCUCCCUGGUCCUCACUGACGCAGAGAGGGUUGGUGCACUGGCCAGUCUGGUUGGACAGGAGGGCAAAGAGGGCGAGCCAGGACUGCGCGAUCUGAUCGUGGUACCGUAUGGGAGGGGAAAGGGAAGGGGCAGACUGUCCGCAAAGGAGAGGGCAGAGUAUCUCUCUGAGAGUAGACGGGUACACGACUUUGAUGAGGUGGUCAAGAAAGCCAAGGACAGUGUGGGAGGGAAACAGGUGCCGCUGCCCUCGGUGGACUUGCAACCGGAAGACUAUGCUACCAUUAUCUUCACCUCGGGCACUACCGGUCGACCCAAAGGUGUUCUCGCAACGCAGCGUCAAUCACUCCACAACCUCGGAGCCACACUCUACGUCGUUCCUCGCUGCUACCUACGUCGUAAUCGACCCCUCCCUGACGCAGAAGAGUCUGCACAGCAACCACAGGUCAAGACGCUCAUUGGCUACCCACUCUUCCAUGCUGCAGGACUGCUGAGCACAAUGACUACUGGAAUGGCAAAGGGAGAAGAGAUGAUCUCGAUGUAUUCUUGGGAUGUGCAGGAGGCGGUCAGACUUAUUGGGGAGAGGGGACUGACCAGAGUCGGAGCUACCGCGCACAUGGUCCGCCAACUAGCAACGGCAGCUUCCGACCUGCCCACGCUCGCAGCCGUGACGCACGGAGGUGCCUCGCCUCCCUCUGAGCUCUCUGCCGAGCUACUGGCAAAGACGCAAGGCGGUCUCACCGGUACAGGGUAUGGUGCCACAGAGACCAACUCGAUGGCUACGGGAUGCUAUUGCGACGACUACGUCAAUUGGCCCGACUCGGUAGGCUGGGCUCCCCCUACGAUUACCAUUCGGAUUGUGGAUCCGGAAACGAAAAAGGAAGUGAAGCGAGGUCAGCUGGGAGAAGUAUGGAUUCAUGGAGCGGGAAUUGCCGAAGGGUACUAUAGGCGGCCGGAAGCUACUAGGGAGGCUUUCCUGCCUGAUGGCACCUACCGUACGGGCGAUGUGGGCAUGAUGAAUGAAGAUGGAGCGCUUUUCAUCCGUGAUCGAAUCAAGGAUCUGAUCAUCCGCGGAGGGGAGAACAUCUCCUGCACCGUCGUCGAAAAGGGAAUCUACGCCCACCCAGCCAUCUCCGAAGCGGCCGCUGUAGCCCUUCCGGACAAGAAGUGGGGGGAGCGAAUUGCCGUCCUCUGUUGCGUCUCUCCCUCUUCCUCUUCCUCUUCUUCUUCCUCCUCGGGAGCACUCCCAAGCGAAGAGGAGCUAAAAGCCACCGCCCGCCGUAUCCUCACCAAUAGGCAAGAGUGGCCCGAGUUCAUCCAUGUACAGCGCGAGCCACUGGAGCGUAAUCCGGCGGGUAAAGUGGACAAGAAGAUGCUAAGGGCUAGAGUGUUGGAGAUUGCAAAGGAGAAGGGGUGGGGGGAUUAUGCGGCUGCUGCUGCAGGCGCUGCGACUGGUAGUACGAGUAAUGUGCAAGAAGGACAGAGGGAGAGCAAGUUGUAAGAGUGCCGCAUGGAGAUUCAGGCUCGAUCUCAUCCAUACACGCCUUGUGCAUGUCUUGC